UGACCUCCAAGGGCAUACCAAUGAUACGUCACCUUCCAUCGCACAUAAUGGUUUAGGGAUGUCCUGCUUUACUAUGAUAUUGGGAACAGUGUCCAACCUCACUGCUCUGGGCAUCCUGUUUAAUUCCCGUGCCAGAUUUCGCCGCCAAUCCAAAGCACCAUUCCUACAGCUGACAGUGUCUUUACUUUUGGCUGACCUUGGCGGUCAUCUGAUCCUAGGUGCCUUUGCACUGUAUCUGCACAUGUACAACAUAAAUAAGACCACAGAAGGAUUCUGCUAUAUCUUUGGAGCAUCUAUGGUGUUUUUUGGCUUAUGUCCUUUGCUGCUGGGUUGUGCUAUGGCAGUAGAACGCUGUGUAGCAAUAACCCAACCUUUUUUCCAUGUCUCCACGAUUACAGCAGCUCAUGUAAAGGGAGUUGUGCUAAUUUUGUUCUCUCUUGCACUUUUGCUGGCAUAUUUGCCUUUUCUUAACGUGGGGACUUAUACCAUCCAAUAUCCAAACACAUGGUGUUUUUUGCCUAUUCACAAUCCAGAGUCUGCGGCGGACACAAAUGUCGUCUUGGCCUUCUCAUGUCUGGGCCUCACUGCACUCAUUCUUUCUUUGCUCUGCAACAUCCUGAGUGGUCUGACCCUGCUCCAUGCCAGAAUAAGGUCCAGCAAGGGUUAUACAAAACCUACAGCUGGCUCUGCUCGUCGUGCAUCGUCUGUAUCAUCUUCCUCUUUGUUUUUUUCACUGGAUGUGGAGAUGAUGAUGCAACUAGCAGCAAUUACCGUGGUGUCCUGUGUCUGCUGGGCACCCUUUCUUAUCCACUCUCUUGUGAUCCAGUUUAAUGCAAGUUCCGGGGAUUCAGAUGAUCUGCAAGGCAAAUUCACGCUUCUGACCUUACGCAUGGCCUCCUGGAAUCAGAUUUUAGACCCCUGGGUUUACAUCCUACUCAGAAGAACAGUGCUGUUAAGAGUUUGCUGUGGUUUUUCUACUCUGAGACCUACAGUGAUAGCAGACAGCUCCUCUGCAGAAACUCGCAGACAGGUUUUAAGUGUUCAAUGA